UCACCUCACCGCCAACGACAUCAAGACACCUCACACACAGACUCAAGACCAAAACUCUUAACAGUUCUCAACCUUGCUUCAUCGUCCCAAAUCAGCCGAAAAUGCCUCUCAAGGGAAUCUCCCCCGUCAUCUCCCCCGACCUGCUCAAGGUCCUGGCCGAAAUGGGCCACGGCGAUGAGAUUGUCCUCGCCGACGCCCACUUCCCCUCUCAUUCAAUCUGCCCGCCUCACAUCCCCGUCCUAAGGGCCGACGGCAUCACCGUCUCCCGCCUACUGGCCGGCAUCUCCCCUCUUCUCGAACUGGACAACUACGGCGUCGUGCCCGUCAUCAUGAUGGAGGUUGUCAAGGGCGACACCUUUGACGCGAGCGUCGAGUCCGACUUUAGAUCAUCGCUCAAGUACGACGGCGAGAUUGAGAAGCUGGAGAGGUUUGCGUUUUACGAGCGGUCCAAGAAGGCCUUUGCGAUUGUGGCGACGGGGGAGACGAGGAAGUAUGGCAACAUUAUCCUCAAGAAGGGCGUUACACCCAUUACUGAAUAGAGUAUUCAAUUCAAAAGGGAAAAUUACGGCCAUUGAUUGCUCCUCGCUUCGAGAUCCGUAGCCUUCUGGCUUUUGGUUACCUUGUCCGAAAUCUUCA